AUGUCCUCUCUUCCAGAGUCGAUCAAGGCCUUGAAGAUACAAGAGAACAAGACGGCCGCGGUCGUUACGCUUCCGCUCUCCACCCAUGAGAAGGUGCAGCAUCUUCCCGAAGAUGAAGUCCUGAUCCGCGUCCGUGCUGUGGGUCUUAAUCCCACAGAUUGGCAGUCCGCCUUUGCGGACUGGGGCGCUCCUGGUCAUACCUUAGGCUGUGAUGCCGCAGGCGACGUCAUUGCCGUCGGUUCAGCAGUAAAGCAUCUCAAAGUUGGACAGCGUGUCGGCGCGUUCGAUGCCGGUGGAUCGUGGGAGGACCACGGGUUGUUCGCUGAGUAUGCACGCGUCGUCGCAGCUGCAUGCUUUGCGCUGCCUCCCGACAUGACAUACGAAGAAGGCGCGUCGAUCCCUGUGGCGCAGUUCACAUCCGUGCAGGCGCUUUACAUGCGCCUACCACUCCCAAAGCCGUACACGCCCGAGGCCGUCGAGCUCAAGGCGAAGGGCGAACGCAUCUUGAUCUGGGGCGGUAGUACAGCAUGCGGGCAUCACGCGGUCCAGCUUGCGGCUUUGUCGGGCUUGGAGGUUUAUGUGACGGCGUCUCCUGCGGCGCACGACGAUAUCAGAGGUCUUGGAGCGUCGCGAGUCUUUGACUACAAGGAUCCAGACAUAGUAUCGAAGGUUCAGGCGGCAGCUGGAGAGAAGGGCGUCAUUUACGCGCUUGAUUGUAUCAGCGAGAAGGGCAGUACGGAAGCCACCAUCGACGCCAUAUCGCGGGCUCGCGGAGGAAAGGUCAUGGCGCUUCACCCCGUUACUGAUGCACUUAGGGCGCGCCGUCAGGACGUCGACGUCGAUGCCAACCUCGCAGGAACAAUGAUCGGUCGCGAGAUCGUCGUCGUGAACAAGUACCCUCAACCGGUGAUGCUAGAGGAUAAGACCCGUCUUGAGGAAUGGUGCAUCAACGACAUCCCUCGUUUAUUCGAUGGGUGGAAGGCAGGCGUUGGAUCGGCAGUUUACAAGCCACAGCGACUGCGUCAGAUUUCGGGCGGGUUUGAUGGCAUUUUGGAGGGGCUGAAGAUCAUGCAGAAAGGCGCGUACGGGCGCGAGAAGCUCGUGUGUAGGAUUGCGUGA